GAAGUAACCGGCAGGAACUUGCAUUAUGCUCAGUGGGAUUUUCUGGGAAGAUGAGCAACAACAUAGGAAGAGAUGUCAUAUACUAUCAAGUCACGGACCCAAGUGACAAUGCGUUGGACCCCAAACCGGGAACUUUGAGAUAUGGGGUUACCAUGAUCAAAGGGAAAAAGUGGAUCACCUUCCAGAGGGACAUGCGCAUUAGGCUUGACAAACCACUUCUCAUUAGUAGCUUCACUGCCAUUGAUGGAAGAGGUGCUAAUGUUCACAUUGCUGGUAAUGCAUGCUUGCUGGUCUUUCAGGCAAGCAAUAUAAUCAUCCAUGGCCUUCGAAUCCAUCAUUGCCGACCCCAACCACCAAGCUCAGUUAUGGGUCCAGAAGGAAAGAUAAUGCCAAUAGGGCAGGUUGAUGGAGAUGCAAUCAGGUUGGUAACUGCAUCAAAGGUUUGGAUAGACCACAAUACACUCUACGAGUGCCAGGACGGUCUUCUCGAUGUUACUCGCGGAUCUACCCAUAUCACCAUCUCCAACAAUUGGUUCAGAGACCAGGACAAGGUUAUGCUUCUCGGCCAUGAUGAUGGCUACUUUCGGGACAAGAACAUGAGGGUGACUGUUGUGUACAACCAUUUUGGACCCAACUGCAACCAAAGAAUGCCAAGGAUUCGCUAUGGAUAUGCACAUGUCGUGAACAACCUUUACAGAGAAUGGUCGCAGUAUGCUAUUGGGGGAAGCAUGAACCCUAGUGUUAAGAGUGAAGCCAACCUCUUCAUUGCACCAAAAUCGGGAAACAAGAAAGAGAUCACUUGGAGGAAGGACAGCAUUGGAGACAAAGAAUCCUGGAAGUUUUACUCUGUAGGAGAUAUCUUUGAAAAUGGGGCUUCUUUCGUGGAAACAGGUGCCGGCAGAGCAAAGCCAAACUAUAACAGAGAACAAACUUUCCCAGUUGUUAAUGCCAAAUCUGUCCGCUCAUUGACAAGGUCAUCUGGUGCUUUGAUAUGCAUCAAAAGAUCCAGAUGCUAAUUAAUUAAGGCAUAGGCUCAUGCGAUGCAAUGUGGAGAUGAUAUAAUUGCAUGUCAUAUAUAUACAUGCAUAGGAAAAUAAAUUGUAUGUCAGCUGAAAAAAGUGAACAAUUGUAUAGUGGAUAUAUAAAUCUCAUCUCCCUCCUAUAGUAAUGCAAGAUAUAUAUAGCAGUUUGUGACCAAACAAAAUACAAUUAAUGCCAUCGCCCAAGACUAUACUUAUUUUACGAUU